AUGCUGACUCAAAUGUUUUCAAAAUUGAUGAUGGAGGCAAGAAAGUUGACUUCAAAUUCGGAGGAAAAACAAAGCCUCCUACACCUCCUAUCAAGAAACCACCUACUCCUCCUCCUAAGAAAAAGCCAAGCGGAUUCUUAGGAUGGAUAUCUUCAAUCUUUGGAGGAAAUGUGCAGAGCUCAAUGUAUAAUUCCCAACCCACAUAACAUUACUAUUUAACCUACCGUGUUUGAAUCAGACUGA